AUGACCAAACAGGUUACAAGAAAACAGUUUAGUAGUGCUUUAAAAGCAACACAACGAUUAGGGCGUAGUGCAGCAGAAAAAGCAAGUUCUAUAUCGAAUGAUCUUGUUCCACCUUCAAGUCAGAAACUUAUAUCAAAAAAUAAGGUUGUUAUUCCAAUAAAAAGAAAAAGUUUUAAAGUUGAAGGAAAAGAAAAUCAAGAACAUCAAACAACUUCCUCUCAAGGGAUUUGUGAAGAAAAGAAAAUGGAAGAAGAAAGUGCAUUUAUUGUUGAACCUGAAAAUGAUUUAUCAGAAAGUUAUAUAAAUGAAAUAUUAACUCAAAACAUUGAAGUUGAAGAAAAGAAACAAAGUAAUGACGAAGAACAAACAAUAAUCAAUGAAGAAUUAUUAAAAUGUGAUAGUACUCAAAACAAUCAAACAGAAGAACAAAUCUUUAAAGUUCCUACAAUUGAGAAAAGUAUUAUAGAAAGAGAAAAAUUAACUUUAAAAGAUAUACACCCAGAAGUAAAAACUGAUGAACUAUUUUUUAAAGAUAAUAUCAUGGAAGAAGAAGUUACAGAAUCAAAAAUUAAUCAAAUACUUGAUAUUUGUUGUAAAAGAUAUCAUUCUGGAGUAAGUUCUAUUCAUUGUAUUGAUAUAUUGGAUAGGAUUAAACUUUCAUUAUCAAUUGAUCCAACAAACCAAACAAUAAAAAGAUUAAUAGAAGUUGCAUAUUGUCCUCAAUUUAGAAAUGAAGUUCUCAAAGAGGCAAGGUUUAUUGAUGGUUUUAAUAAAUUAAUAAAAUCAGAAGAGAACAAUUUAAAGAAAAAUGAUAUUGAAUUAUGUUGUGAAGGAAAGACAUGUGGAGGGAGUUUAAUUGGUAUUUUAUUUGAAAUGUUAAAAGAUGAUAGUAAAAAGAAUUAUGUAAUAGAAAUGUUUGAAGGAAUAUUUGCUUCAUAUCCAGUUGUAUUAUCACAAAUAUAUCAAUUUAUUGUUUUUCAAAGAAGUAAUGGAUUAAGUGAUAAAAGUGUUAUUAAAAUAUUAGAAUCAAAAACAAUGUGGGGAUUUGAUUGUAGUCCAAUAAAUAAUGAAAUAGAAAGGAUUAUCUGUUCUUUUUGUAACAAGAAAGAAAAUGAUGAAGAUUUUGAUUUUAUGUUAAAUGGUGUCUAUGACAUUAUUAUUUCUGAGAGUAUUGAAUAUGUUAAUCAAAAUGUGUUAUAUCAAUUAAUUGAAGCAUUGCUUAAACUUGUUAAAGAUAUUAACAAUUUAAAAGAAAUUAGACAUAUAAUAAUAGUUUCAAAUAUGAUUGUUGAAUUGUGGAAAAAUAAUGAUUGUAUAUUUACAGUUGAAAAUCAAAAAGACAUAGUUAUAUUACAAGUUGAAUUGAAAUCUAAUUAUGUUAACAAUGAAUCUAUAGAUGAAGUUAUUGAUAGAAUAGAAGAAAUAAUGAGAGAUUUUAGAAGAGAUAUUUGA